AUGUUCCGCUCGACGAGUCGGAUACCUUUCGGAAAACUUCUGACACGAAAAAUCCAUCAUCAAACCAAUGGGUUGAUUAUUCCAUCGAAAACAGUGAAAAAUGAGCUUCAAAAACAGCAAAAACGACAAAUUCUGUUCAAAAUGGGAAAUGAGACGCCGGCGCGGGUAGUUGGCUAUUAUGUGGUAUUUCCCGUAAUUCCUGAGGAAACUGUCGAAAACAAUUGUUUCAUGUUCAAUAUCGCCAAAAGUGAGGAUUGGCCGAAACUGGCAACCGCUGAGCCAAGGGAAAUGUACGAAGGAACCGUCCGAAUGUUGAUGGACUAUGGAGCCACUGUUAUGGAGCAUAUGGAGCAUUUAGCCACGUUGCCCGCCGAAGACCGAAAAUUCGAGAAUGUCGUGGAUCCACUGCUCACAGAAGAGUAUGAAGUCAACUUCGCCUUCCAGACGCUCGUUUUGAAAAUGUUGACUGAUUGGCCGGAUUGUAAUCGGAAAUUGUUCGACGCCGAUCUUCAUCAUAUCAAAAUCAUGUGUGCUCGUGAUCAAAUGGAGAAAUUGACGAAUAAGGACUUCCAAGAAGCGAUAAAACAACUUUACGAAUCGAAGGAUGGACUCUCCGAGUGGCAAUCAAGACUUUUGGAAUGGUAUUUGUUGGAGAUCAAAGCCUCUGGAUUGGACAAACAUGACGAUAAAACGCGUAAAGUUCUUGGAUCAUGGAGUAAAUUCGUUGAUGAGUACAGAAGCAAGUAUAUAACCGGCGUGAUGUCGACAAACGAUCAACAGACAUUCGUAGUCAAUGAUCAGAAGAUUAUCAAAGACGCUCCACCGCACGUUUUGCAGAAACUUGCUGUUGAUGAACAAAACUGGGAGACGGGACCAUGGCGUGGCCGUAUGACCCCCCACACCAUCUAUCCAUUCAUGCAGUAUUGUGGUGAUCGACAAUUGAGAGCAACCGCUUGGGAGAAAUGGACGAGUAAAGCUGGUUUCGAUCAUGAUUUCUACAAUAAUUCCAUUAAUAUCGAAGAGUUGAGACAUAAUAACGAAGGACUCGCCAAAACACUCGGAUACACAUCGGUUGCCGAGCAUCGACUCGCUAAUAAAAUGGCCGCGUCUCCGGAAACUGUUAGAGGAUUUAUUAAUGCCUUGACUCGUCGCAUUCGUCCCGUCGUAAUCGAUCGAAUGGAAUCAUGGUCAGCAUGGGCUUCCCGUUGUGAAAUGAUUACCGGAGAACUUCAAGCAUACGAUAUGCCAUAUGUAUGCAGAAAAGAGGCGGAGCAUCAUUAUGAUGUCAACCCAUUGGAUCUGAUGAAUCACUUCCCGUUCUGGCCGACAUUCCAAAAUAUUAUUGGAGUCGUUGGACAUAUCUUUAAUUUGGAGUUUAAGGACAUAACCGACAAAGGACUCGAACGAGCGCACGCGGAUGCUCGUAUCUACGCAGUCGGUGACAAAUUCAGUGGACAACAUUACGGAAGAAUGUAUAUUGAUCCAUAUGAUAGACAGAAUAAGAGAGGAGGAUGGAAUGCCAUGUUGGCUCGGCCUGAAUCGAAGGAACGAGGACUCGACAAGAUUGUAUACUUCAUUGGAUCCGCUAUUGCACCCACUUCGAAUGGACCAUCGCUUCUUCAUCAUCAACAACUUCAACAACUUCUUUUCCAUUUCGGUCGCAGUGUUCAACUCCUUCUCUCUCAAUCGCCAUACCGUGAUAUCACUAUUCCAUGGUCUCCAUUCUACGCUUCCGAUUGGGACGCCGCCGACAUGUUUCCAACGUUCCUUCAAAUGUUCGUCACGAAACCGAAUCUCCUCGCCGCCAUCUCAUCUCCACACCUCAAAACGAAUCAACCUCUAACAGAAGAGCAUGCGAAUUCUGUCGCAUUGACAAUAUCUCGUUCCUCCCUUUGGGAUACCUACCGUACUCUCUUCUGGUCGGAUUUCGAUUUGUCGAUUUACGAGAUGGAAGACAGAAAACAAAAGUUCUGGUUGGAUAUGUACAAACAAAUGUAUGAGGAGUAUUUCCCGUUCAAACGACAGAAGAAUGACUAUCAACCGUGCUCUUUCACACCGAUUUUCGCUCUUCAACCACAUAUGAGCAUGUAUUAUAGGAAAUUGUGGGCGGAGAUGCUCGCAUUGGAUAUCCACGAGACAUUCGACGAGGAAGACAACGAAGUUCAGACGGGAGAACGAUUGAAAACGACGAUUCUGAAUAGAGGAAGUGGAGAUGUGGCGAAGGAGUUGUUCAAGAGAUUCCAGGGCCGAAAUCCAUCAGUCGGAGCGAUUUGCGACCACUACGCACCACCACUGACAAUUCAAGAGGGAAUGGAAGCGUCGGAGAAUGAGAGACGAUGA